UGAACCGCUCCCCUGAUGCUGCUGUGUGCUGUGUCCUGUCUAGGGGCUGCUCAGAGCUGUGUGCCUCUACCCAAGGCCAACCCCUGGGUGCAGGUAGAGGAGAUGCCCGUAGGCUGCUGGACCAGCUUCCUGACCUCCGGCAACGAGGAGGUGCACAUCCUCAACAUCCAGCCCGGCCCGAGUGGUAUGUUCAGUCUGAACAUGACCAUGGCCGGGCCCAUGAAGGUCAUCCUCACCUCGAGCUCCCCUGCUGCGAGCCAUGUGCUCUUGGCACUGAACAAGGACGUCAACAUCUACGUUGGCAACAAUUCCACCAUGACUUUGAUGAUGCAUAAGGACCAAAUCCAUAUGAUUGACCUGCCGACAGAUCUGGGGCAGCUGGUCAACUGGGCCACACAGAACUUUGGGGGCGUGACCUCGCUGACCGCCAUCCGAAACCCGGGGAACAUCGCCUACACUGGGAGAGCAGGCACCGGGCUGGGCUCCAGAGACUGCGUCCUGAAGCACGAAGACCCGUCGCUGAAGCCCUUCACGGAGCAGCAGCCCUUCAUGGAGCCGCAGCCGAAGCCGCAGGCCGUGUCCUGCUUCGUGGACGCCCCCGGCGACAGGGAGAUCCACAUCAUCAACAUCCCAGACAGCGCCAGUCCCCGCAACGUGUCGGUUCGCGUGGACACAGAGAAGGCCAUUAGUCUGUUCCUGAGAGGCCCCCAAGGGACAUUAUGGAGCUUCGGCAAAUUCCCACCGUUCCAGUUUGGAUCCACCAACGAAAUCUGGCUGACUGGCAACUUCAACCACAAACUGAACAAGUCAGUCACGUUGACCAAUGACAGUGCCCUGGCUGUGCAGCAGAAGGCCCUCGACUAUUUCAAGGCUCAAUCGUUCACCAGCUACUCCGAAAUCCAGGGAGAGGGAUCUAUGAUCCCGUUACUGCUGAUACUGAAAGACUAUUCGCCAGCCAGUGGAGACCCGGUCGUUCACGCCUUCACCACCACCCCGCCCCACACGCCCCUGCUGAUGCAGCUGUACAGCGCCCCGGACUACCGCCUACCCCUCGAGCCAAACACCAAGGUGCAGAGCGACAAGAGGAUCUACGCAGAGAUCUCGGAGAAUACGUUGGGCGACAUCACGCUCGCCGUCAGCGUGGUCAGCUGCUCGGUGCGCUCCAAGAGCUCGUUUCCCGUGGUGAAGGAGAUGCCCUUCAUCCUGGAGGAGUGCUCCGUCCAGCUCUGCCGCAACAGCGCGCGUGUCAGCUUCUCCCUGGCCCACCUCAAGGAGCUGGCCUCCACCACCUGGGAGCUCGAGUGCUCGGUGGCUCUCUGCUUCUCAAAGCAUUGCGCCGACGGAGGUCGAGUGAGGAGGAACCUGGAAGUCGCCCCGCACAACACUCCAACACCGACAGAGCGGUGCUUUGACUUUGGCCUUCCAGCUGUGCUGGGAAUUGCGUUCGGAGGCUUCCUGAUUGGGGCUCUUCUUAUCGGCGCGCUGUGGUUCAUCAAGAUCAAAACAGGGUAUCCUACACGUCUGGAUGUGAGCUCCACUGCUGCCAAUCUCACAGGUUGCCCCUGCUCGCUGACCAAACGCCCACCGGUGUCCACCAACCCCUCCCCAUCCGAGAACAGCAGCGCCAACGCCAGCAUAGGCAGCACCCAGAGCACACCCACCAGCAGCAUGGCGUGAGAGCCCCAUCUCCCCCCCCCCCACCUCAUGCAGCCUGCCCCUCCCAUCAGAGUCACCAACAAUAGUACCUUCCCUUACCUCCCUUCUCGAUAACACUUUACAAUAUGGAUGCAUAUAUUAACCAUUGAUAUACAUUAGUUAUUGUGGUAUUAAGCAGUAUUAUCUAGCUUUAGCUUAGGGGUAGUGAGUAAGGGGUAACCCUGACCCAAACCCUAUUAUAUAAUGUAUACAUGAAUAUCUUAGUUAACAUGAACACCAUUACCUUUUUUUAACAUGAACACCAUUAGUAAACAUGAACAUCAUUAGGAAAUGAUUACUAGACCAUUAGUUAGCUUUGCGUUCACUGUUAGUAAAUGCUUAUUACUGCAUUAACUAAUUUUCAUUAAUGAACCCUUAUUGUAAAGUGUUACCUUUUACCUUUUACCUUGAUUCUCAACAAAACAAGUAUAAGCUGUGUGCCAAUACAGCGGCCACGUGGAAGAGACCCCCCCCCCCCCCCCCCCCGGGAGUGGGGGUGGAGGAGGGCUAGGGAAUGCCGUCAGUUGCAGGAAAACUGAAGUCUGGUCGAUGGCUCCUGACACUUGCAUCUCGACUAGUUUCUCUUUUUUUCAUUUUUUUUUUGUAUCCCUCUCUCCUGCUAAGCCUCUGAGCUUCCAGACAGGAAGUUAAAAAGGGCAAGAGAGAAAAUACACACUAGCUCACCGCAGCAACAGGAAAAAACAAAGUAUGUCCCCCAAGAACAGACAGGAAAUUCACCGCAUUCUUUUCAUUGAAUUCUGCUCCUGUGACGCCGGCACAAUAAGAGUGCGGGAACAGGCAGUCCAUGACACAAGGAUUUGGAUUGAUGCUAAAUUAUGUUAAAUUUAUCCCACCACCAUCGUUUUUUUUUUUUUAUAGUUUCAAGGUUAAUAGUCUUAGCUUUUAAAAAGCCACAUCAAUAUUUGUGUUUCCAAAGUGUCUUGCAAUCAAUCUCGUUUACCUCUACAGACGACUAUUUACAAGUCAGGAAUUGGGUUAAAAUGCUGUACUGGAUGUCAAUUUCUUUUCAUUGAACCAAGGAAUUCGUUUUUUUGUCUUUACUUAAUUUGAUUGUUGUAAAGACUAAGAAUAGAAAUACAUUCCAUUCCUAGUUACAAUAUCAAUAUCAAUAUCACAACCCCGUGGAAAUGGUCUGUGUACAGCAUUGUUUUUUCAGUUUGACUGGCUCUUGUUUGAAAAGUUUGAGUCUAGCAUCUUUCAAGAUGUAGUAUUUGGUGGACUAUGGCUCAUGCUUGUCCUUGCAUAACCACUGUAUGUUGACGGUUGAACCGUAAAUUGUGACACAAUACUUGUUGAAAUGUACAAAUGUAAAUGGAUCGUUAUUAUUUUCUCUCCCUCUCGUUGAGUUAUUUGAGCUAUGAGAUAUUCUCAUUACUUAUUAAAGGUGUGUGGCUUUUAAAUGCAACACUUUUAAACAACAUUUAUAGUCAAUGAUAUAGCUUUGAAAGCCCAACACAUUUGAUACUACUAUGAAUCUGAUUUCACGCUCCAAUUUAUCAUUCAACCCCAGCAACAUGUGUUCAAUUGUAUAAAGAUUUGAAACGUUUGAGAAAAAGGGGAAGAAAACUCUAAAUAAUAGACUGACCAUGUUUAAAAAAUGUUCCCCCCUCUAUUUUAACAAUAUAGCCAAGUCUCUCUUUCUCUAUUCUCUGUGUAUGUGUGAGUUUCUGUGUUAGCAAGUGUGUGUGAAUUUGUGUAUGGUGUGUAUGUGUUUGUUGUGUGUGUGCGUGUGCGUGUGUGCCAUGAUAAAAACAAGACAGAUUUUACGAUGUGCAAUAUGAGCUCACCAUUCAUGUCAUUCUGUGUGUACUUAUUUUGUAAGAGUGCUGUAUGAUAUUACUGUAUUUACCAUUUAUUCCUUAUCUCUUGUAUUGUUCAAACAAACAAUCCAAAAUUAAUUCCCUAUUAUGCCACGUCAAAUGCACAACAAACUUGUUAACAAAAGUUCUUACUUAUAUGAAUUUCAUUUUUCUCACAUGUAAUUUUAUAUAUACUUCUUUUUUUAAGUAAAAUGUGCCUUUGCCAAUCCAUGCGCAGUUUUUUCCAAUUUGACCCUAAUUGAUUUUGAGCGUUCGCUCUAAUGUCCUCUUCAGCUAAGUAGCCAAUAGUAUCCCAGAUGAUCCAGGCACAGUCUUGCGUAACAUCACGUAUUCCCUCCUCUGUUUGGAAAGUGGAUCCAUCGUGCAUUAUUAACGCUGUGACUCUUUAAACGUCCUUUCAGAUUUGCAUCAUCAUGGUUCCCAUCGCAAUGCGAUGAUUGAUACAGUGGCGCGUGAGCAGGCCAUGUCACACGGCCUUGAUUGCAGAAAAGUUUUGCGUUGCUUGACGCCGUUAACCAGUCACGUUCGGCGAGACGUCGGUUCAAAGGAACGCAACGUCAAAUCUGUCAAAUCGGGAAUCGUCCUGUAAUGGUGUAACGGUUCCAGCCACUGCCAGGCUGUCUCAACACUGGCGGGGGAAAGACCAGAACCUGGGACAGAAAACAUGUGAUCCUGUCAGGGAGUUGAAGGGUUUAACCCUGCGGAUCUCUGGCCAACCUUUUCACAACCGCUUCCUCGUCUUCACUGAUAUACACGCCGAGGAACAGACACACAUCGCGCGCGCGCGCGUGUGUUUGUGUGUGUGUGUGUGUGUGUGUGUGUGUGUGUGUGUGUGUGUGUGUGUGUGUGUGUGUGUGUGUGUGUGUGUGUGUGUGUGUGUGUGUGUGUGUGUGUGUGUGUGUGUGUGUGUGUGUGUGUGUGUGCGUGUGUGUGCGUGUGCGUGUGUGUCCCAAAUGCUUACAUUGGGGAUGUUUUGAACCAUUGCAACGAUUGCAUUCAUCCUCUCACCACUUGUAGGUCGACCACCUGACUCAUGUCUCAAUCGUGUUUGUAGUAGUUUUCUAGUAGACCUCAAUAAACUAUUGGAAUACGCCA